ACCGAAAUGUCACAGUAUACUAAUAAUUGGCGCCUUCUGUUUCUGUUUCUCAUAUUCUUUUCCCUCGCAUCCUCUACACUAGCUUCUUCGCCCGCUUCAUUCUGCAAAUGCACCUGCUUCUCGAACAGCACAAUCAUCCCGCUUGAUCCCGACAAGGGAGGCUCUUCGUCAUUACAUGGCGCGCUAAACGCCUUCAGCCGUACCGACGACAGCGGUACACAGGAUGAGAAACGCGCCGGUAACUACCGCUCGCUGAGCUGUAAUGACUGCAACCGAAAGUUCUGUCUGGGUUACGACUUGCCAACCUGCAAGGGUGCGAAGGAGGAGGAUGUUUCCACGACAUGUUUCCAACGGGACUCGAGGAAGGACGAGGCGAUUGUUUUAAUUUUCAUAAUUGCCACAGGGGGUCUUUUAAUAUGGGCGGUUCUCAGGCCCUGGGUGCAAAAGUGGACUGAGGCUGCUAGAGAACGACGGUCUUAUAUCCCAGUUUCCAAUAGUCCUCGACUUUGACGUUAUUUUGCUGGUCCAAAAGCGUUAUGUAUAUAUAGUCGCAGGCGAUGAAUACAUACAUUAUAUGACCUUGGUGCAAAUACAUACUUGAAUUUGGGAGCCCCUUGUUGUGCGGUUGUAUGCCGCUUUCCAGAUACUUCACUGAUAGCUUGCGAGCGGGAACUCCUUUGGUUAGGGGGCUUGCAGCAGAUAACCUGAAAAUCAUGACUGAAAAUCAUGAAAUGACGACUAUCUGUCUAAGAGAUUUCCCUCGCACAGUGCCACGGGCCGCGCUGCUGAGGAAGUAGGACAGUGUUGCCCACCU